AUGCGCAGGGAAGCCAAGCUUGCCGCGAAGGACAGGGCGGAGAAUUGCGACAUGCGGGAGGUGUUGAAACGCGCUGCUGUCCGCUUGAAAGAUUGUGCAGCUAGCAUGAAGGGGGUGGUUGUGGACUCCAUGGAGAACGCCCAGAAGAAGCUGACGGAUGAGGGGAAGGAGUCACACGAGGUCGCGGAGAAAGAGGCAGGGAAGAGGGUCGCAGAGAAAGAAACAGUGAAGAGGGAGACAGGGAAGAAGGCCGUGGACAAGGACACAGGUAAGAGGGUCGCGGACAAGGACACAAGGAAGGGUGAGAGCAGGAGGGAAGGGAAGCGGCAGAAAGGUCCCGUGGCGACUAGCGUCACAGAUCUCCUUAAGAUAGGGGGCGCGGUCGUCGUGCGUCUAGCGGGAACCACCAGGGUGGAUGCGGGUGCCGGACCACCGCCUGCCCCCUCGGCAGUUGAAGCUGCUAAAGGUAAGGACAAGGUCAAGGACGCCACGCCAAACACCACCCCCACCACCACCGCCAACACGACCGCGAUAGUGCCCGCGGGUGGUAACACCUCCGUGGUCGCUGAUGGACAGCCUGGACCCAGCUCCAUCGCCCCUGCAAUCCCCCCCUCUGUAGAUCUGAAGGAGAAGAAUCAGGGCCGCAGUGGUUGUAAGCCGCCUCCGGCCGCGUUGAAGGCGGAACACGAGGACGACGAUGACUCGGACGAGAAUGAUGUUGUUGAGCUGGUGUGGCAGAGGUUCAUGGGGCCAAGCGACACCAGCGGCACUAGUGGCAAGCGCAAGGGCUGUGGUAUCCACCCUCCGCCCAGGGUUGGAGAGGGGAUGGUGGGCGAACCGUGGCUGGGGGGGAGGCGUCGCUGGCUGGGACAUCACUCACUCGAGGAGGUGCAGUAUCUGACUGCGAUUGCGGUCAUGUGUUACGACAAGAAGAUUGACCCCCGCCUCAAGCUGACAGCGCAGCAGAGGAGUGAGUGGGCCGAGGACAUCUCCGCGACCGGGAUGAUGUGCACCGGGCUAUUCGCCACCAUGCACCUCCGCAACCUUUGGGGCAAUGCCUACCACGACUUCACCCGUCCCGGUUCCACCCUCGGUAACACGGUCGCGUGGGCAGCUGCGGUGGGAAAGGAGGCUGCAGACGAGGAGCGUGAUGUCACCGGAGACCAAGUGGGCCUGUUUGCUGGCGCGGUCGCGUGCGCCAUAGCCAUGGUAUGGGAGACCUGCAACGGUCUCGAUCUCGAGGGGGUCAUGGAUGCUGGAUACGGCGCGGCGCAGUGUGCCAGCACUCCAGAAGAGAAGGCCCGUGGUCACGUAUCGAUUGUGACCGCGGUAUUCAAGUGGGCCAAGAAGGAAUGUGCUCGCAAGCAAGCACCCAAGGGCACACCGAAAAAGAUCGCAGAGAAGAUAGAGACCGCUGUGGUGAACCGCCUUGGUGCGCGACUUGGGGACCCCACAUUGGUCGGUAUGGUCGCGCACUAG